UGGAUUCAAAUGCCUCCAUGCUGGGCUGCUGGCCACACAGUGACUUUUCCUUCCCCCCUUGCCAGAAUGGAGGUCCCUGAGAGUGGACGAAAUGGGCUUUGCCAAGUGGAGAAAGUGGACCCAGAAGAAGGGCAGACUAGAGAGAAGAUGAGCAUGGGAGAAUGGAAGUGCCAAGCCUGGUAUGGCACAGCCAGUCAGAUCGAGAACGAGCAUUUGCUCAGCCAAGUGGGGGAGGCAGCCCCUUUGAAAAAGACUUCAAGUACCAUACCCGCCGGACAGGUGCUCAUCCGUUACACUGACGGCCUCGAUCAAGACACCUUUAAAAUUUGCAAGGAGUUUCUGAGACCCUUUAAGAAAUCUCUUCGGAAACUGGAUUUGCCCAAAGAACUUCCCAAGGACAAAAAACUGAAGUACACCAAGAAGAACUUGACCAUUCUUGGGGAUCACAUCAAUAUGUUUCUUCAGCUUUACUGCAAAUCCUGGGAGCUCAAACACUGGAAGAAGGUGCUGUGGAAAUUUGUUUCUCUUUUCUCAGAGCUUGAUGCAAGAUCCCUGUGCAAACUGUACAAAUACAGUAAGAGCAACCAAAUGGCCAAGUUUCUGAAAUUGUACUGUAGCUCAGAAAACCCAGAUUCAGUGCCAGUGCCUGAAAACUCCAAGUUAACUGAGCUGUAUGAUGCAUGGGGCCUCCAUGGAGACAUAAAUAAUAUGCAAGAGAAGCUGAGUCAGAUCCAGUCACCGCCGUCAGAAACCAGCCUAGACAGUGACUCAGAGGCAACAAGUGUGACAAAGCGGAGGUACAGCUGCUAAAGGAUGCUAGGCUCAGUAAGACUUGUUCAAGCACCAACCAAAAGAGAGCACCUACAACACAGCACCAUCAGCAAUCCUCACGGACGAAAAGCAUAGCAUGAAAAAAAAAAAAAAACACAACACAGUCCCCCCGAAAGCCAAGGCAUUUCUCCCACACCCAGAAGCUCUUAAGAAUUUAAAAAUUCCAUAAAAGUUUAGUAUUUGCAGAAACACUGAAACCAGCAAACACCAAAGCAAAAUCUUGGAAAGGAAGAUUAAAGAGUCCUUAUACCUUUUAAACUGUGGGGUCUCCUUUGUAAAUAUCUUGGUGUUUUCAAAAGAGUUGCACCUUCCCAAAUGAAAGAUGUCUUCAGCAUUCUUACUGGUAUAUAUUAAAGCUAUUGGUGUUUUCAUUCUUGCUAGCA